AGCUAUGUCCAUUUUUUUAAAAGCUUACACCCUCUUUACCCACAUAAGAUUUAAAGCAUAACUUGUCUCCUUCUACUUCAUCCUCACUCUACCCAAGAAGAUGGAGAACAUCGGUGAUGAGUAUAAGAAUUAUUGGGAAACAAACAUGUUCUUACAAUCUGAAGAACUCGAUAGCAGCUACUUCGAUGAGAUAUCGGCAUACUAUGACUCAAGCUCACCGGAUGGGGCACAGUCAUCGAUGGCCUCCAAAAACAUUGUGUCAGAAAGGAAUAGGAGGAAGAAACUCAAUGAUAGAUUAUUUGCACUAAGAGCUGUGGUCCCAAAAAUAAGCAAGAUGGAUAAAGCGUCAAUAAUAAAAGAUGCAAUUGAGUAUAUUCAAGAAUUGCACGAGCAAGAGAGGAGAAUUCAAGCAGAGAUAUCAGAGCUUGAAUCUGGAAGGUCAAGGAAGAAUAAUAGCAGUCUUGAAAUUGAUAAUCAAGAUGGGAGUUUUGAUUCAAAGCCUAAAAGAUCAAGAAGACUUGAACAACAGUAUGGAUAUGAUUCUUCUGGAUCAAAUACAAGAUCACCACCAUCCUCUUCCCCUGUUGAUGUUCUUGAGUUGAGGGUAAAUUCAAUGGGAGAGAAGACAGUGGUGGUGAGCCUCACUUGCAGCAAAAGAACAGACACAAUGGUUAAAGUUUGUGAGGUCUUUGAAUCUUUGAAUAUCAAAAUAAUUAGUGCAAAUAUCACUGCUUUCUCUGGAAGGCUUCUCAAGACAGCUUUCAUUGAGGCUGAUGAGGAAGAGAGGGAUCUUUUGAAGUUGAGGAUUGAAACUGCAAUAGCUACUCUAAAUGAUCCAGAUAGCCCUAUGAGCUCUUAGAACAACAAUGGCUUGGAUUCAACUCUGUUUCUCCUUCUUUAUAAUGAGAAUGUAUUUCGAGGAGUUCUUUGUUUUUUCCCCACGUCAUUUCUACCUCGUCCUUCUUGUUCUUACAGUUUGGCUACUUUUUGUCUGGCUAUGUAGUUUGUAGUUGGUGUUUUCACAAGAUAUCAAGUUUACCUUAAACGUUCUUUCCAAA